UUGUUCCUUUACCGUCUUGUUCUUAAUUUCCAUCCAAAACUUCGUCAUCUCCCCCCUCUCCCCCCGACCCGUCGUUGUGUCAACACUCCUACACCAAAAUCGGUACUCUUGCUGUCUACAAAUAGUUGCACAGCUUUGCACAUAAUGUCUCGCCCUGGCACCACGCUCUAUGUCACCGGCUUCGGGCACGGAACUCGAGCUCGCGACCUUGCCUACGAAUUCGAACGUUACGGACGUCUUGUCCGGUGUGAUAUUCCAGCACCGCGUACUCCUUCCAGCAGACUGUUUGCUUUUGUGGAGUAUGAGAGCCGUCGCGAUGCCGAUGAUGCGUAUCAUGAAAUGCAUAAUAAACGAAUCGGGCGUGAUGAUUUAUUGAAGAUCGAAUGGGCUCGUACUCCCCCGUCUGCUUCUUGGCGGUUUGACUCUGGCCGGGACCGUCGACGUGAUCGCACACCCCCGCGUCGUGGCCGUUCACCCUCGCCUCGCCGUGGCCGCGGUGAUUAUUCCCCUCGUAGGGACGAUAGGUAUGAACGGGAUUAUGACCGACAUGACCGUGACUAUGAUCGCCGUGACCGUGACUAUGAUCGCCGUGACCGCGACUAUGAUCGCCGUGACCGCGACCGUGAACGCUCUCGUGACCGUUCUCGCAGCCCAGAUGAAAGGGAUCGCGAUAUCAAGGAUGAUAGGGAACGUCGUGAUGAUGAACGUGAACGCCGUGAUGAUGAGCGUGAGAAUGGUCCCAAUGGUGAAGACAGAAAAGAUCCUUUAACUUCUGCUCACGAUGAACUUGAUACUGCUGAGUAGGUUACAUGUAAUCCAAGCUCAUGAUGCCUACACCCUAUCGGUCGACAUGGUUUCAGCGAAGAGAUUUCGAAGAAAAGCAGA